AUGGCCUCCUCCAAAAAAACGUCGGCUGGGGCUGGGCGGUCCAAACCAGUCAAAGGACGACCCCCGUCCACUUCCACCCUCGCACAUCUUUCCCAGUCCAAUUCCCCCUCAAUUCUGUCUGCCUUUUCCCCAGAUGCCACUCUUUUUGCCUUUGUUGUACUUGCCAUUGACAGACACCGUCUGCGCGUUUAUGACUCUGCCUCUGGACGCGCCGUAUCCGAGUACACCGUUGAUUCAGCUCGUGUUUCCUCACUUAAAUGGGCCACUUUGACCUCCGACUCUCCUGGUCCGGAACAGAAUUCCCCAAGCAAGAAACGGAAGAAGACAUCCGUACCCACCGCUGCCGAAAAAGACUCGAGUUCACGGACUGAGGUCGUUGCCCUAGGGUUGUCAGAUGGAAUUGUCAUAUUUUUCUCUCCUUCGCAUUCGCAAGUCCUGCGGACUUUGACUCAUCCUAAAAGCACCUCAGCCGUCUUGUCCCUCGCAUUCGACCCGUCAAAUGGCUCUGCUCUUUGGACCUCAAGCGCCGAUGGCUCCAUAUGUCUUUGGGAUGUACAAAAUAAGACAGUUUUACGGUCUUGGAAAAACGACGACCAUAUUCCAUGCACUUCUUUGUCAGUUUGUCCAACUCUAGAGGGCCACAGUACAAGUCUUCUUGCCGCUCAUCACAGCAUUCGCCUUUUUAAAGAUAUUGCAAACGACAAUUCGCUCAGUAAACCCAUGCAAGUUGCUGGUUUUACAGGCCAUGCAACUUCUAUUCAGUUGUUGCUCUGGUUUAAUGAGUCCGAAAAACCUACUAAAUUCUUUUCGAUGGCCGAAGGUGAUCGAUUUGUCUAUUGCUGGGAUGUGGAGGGCGCGUCUUUGAGCGAGAAACCUGUGGCAGCUAUAUCUCUCGAUGCCGACGUCCGUACCUUUGCUCUCGCCACACCAGUAAAUUCACAACAGUGUCUCAUCGCGCUCUCUACUUCCGGUAAAUUGUCUUUUGUUCCCAUCCCGUCUAAAUUCCCUUCCUCAACCGACAAAUCCAAUACGAUUGCUACAAUUUUACCACGGUCUACGGUAUCUUCAACAUCCAAAUUCCGAGCUCAGGAUCCACAAGUGAUUGAUUUAGUUCCACUUCCGACAUCUCCUGGCCUCGUGCGUGUAGUAAGACUUGUGAAAGGAAUCCAGCCAACUUUCGACACAAUCAGUUAUCUAGAUGACAGCGCCAAUUAUAUCCAUAAUCCAAUUCUUCCCGAAAUAAACCAAGAAGAUAUCAGCAUAGAUCCUCAGAGAGCAUUGAACAACCGUUAUGUUGAAUCAAAACAACUGACAGUUGGCUCUGGCCACGACGUCAACCAAGAAGAUGUUGAUGGGUCUUUGGUCGAGCAGGAGUUCGACGGUUUCCUUCAGGUUGAUCUUGCAGAAAUGUCUUUGGGUCAAAGGUUAACUGCAGUGACUGAGACGGAAGCCAACCAUGUUUCAGAAAGUGAAGACGAAUAUGAGCAACAUAUAAAACGUUCAAAGGCUACUAAAAAAGCUCGUAGUGAGGUUGCUGCCAUCCCCACCAAUUCCUUGACGCGUACCCUCAUUCAAGCCCUUCAUUCAUCUGAUUCACGGCUAUUGGAAAUGUGUUUGGGGCACUCUGACCCUGCAUUGAUUUUGAACACCGUUCGACGACUACCUCCUCAGCUGACCAUCCCUUUGAUAACUGCCUGCGUCGAGAGGCUAGGAAGAGGUCCUCGCUCGUCGAAUAUGAAAGGUGGCGGUGGCGGCACAAGCUCUCAACGUGGCUCGGGCCUCCUAACAUGGUUAAGGACUGUGUUGACUGUGCACACUGGACACCUAAUGACAAUACCUGAUCUAGUUGCCCGUCUCUCAGGGCUCCAUGCAACAUUAACCGCUAGAUCGAGUUUGCAUGACAGUUUGCUCUCAUUGAGCGGUCGUUUAGACAUGGUACUCUCUCAAGUUGAAUUGCGAGCAUCAACUACCCCUGCAUCAUUAGCCCCAUUGAAGGCAAACAAAAAGAGACCCGAAGCCACCGUGAGACGAUAUAUCGAAGGUGACACAGAAUCUAGCGACGAACCGGACGACAAGAUGGAUGUAGAAGUUGAGAUGGGGAGUGAAGAUGAAGGAAGCCUUGAAGAUAUUGAGCUAGGGGGUGAUAGUGACGAGGACGAAGAGGAAUAUGAAGAUUUGAGCGAUGGCGAUAGCGGGGGAAAUUUUAUUGAUGACGAGGCAGAGGAAGAAGAUUUUACUGGAGAUGAAGAUGAGGAUGAAAGUGACUAG